UCAAUUCUGCAGGUGGUUCUGAUUUACUAUCAUUGUAUUGUAGCCGGUCUAAAACCGCUUUUGACCUAAAGGGACGCUUUUUGGACGCCAUGGACAUUUCUCAGUUUCCAGGCAGAAAGAACAGUAAAAAUGCAGUCAGGGCACAGGACAAAGCAGUAGGGACAAAAUGUAUGUGAAAUGCUUUGAAACAGUAUUUAUUAGAAAAUGUCAGUUUUUAACAUUUUCAAAUUUCCCGCUGGUUCCGGCCCCGCACGUCCUGUAUGUCCCGACUCUCGCAGGGACCAGAACACAGAAGACGGAUGCCGGCAUCGGCCAGUGGAGAUGGCCGGGGAUGCUGCAGGGGACAAAU